AUUUUAUCAGAAUUCUGUCACACGUAGAAACGUUCAGCUUCGUAUGAAAUCGUCGUUAAGAAAUGAACACAAUAUUUGCGAGGUAUAUGCUUUGUUUGAACUGUCGUCGAUGUCGCGGUGAGAACGUACGACAGACGAUCGUGCGAAACGUACAUCAUUAGCGCCAUAUAAAUAAUUGUACUGGCCUGUCGUCGUAUUAGCCUGUUUCAUCGAGCGGAUGCGCGUGAAAAAUAAUAUCGUCCCUAUUACGAUAUACGUAUAUGCGUGGAACAGAAAAAAGGAAUAAACGGGUUUAAAUGGCGGGUAAUUAAAAACCGGGAAGUGAAAUCAGUCGGGGUUACAGCUCAUUAGUUUUCAGCGACGAAGAACGGUAACAGAGGCCGCGAAAACGUCCGUUGAAUGCCGGAUAUAGCAGACGCGUUAUGUCAUCGGGCGCACACAGCCGCAGGAGGAUGCGUGUACGUGUCCCGCGGCAGCGUUAAUUGGCCCCGCGAUGAAUAUUACAAAAUACCACAGCCUGAAAGGAGAGGCACCGCUUUAAUUACAAUAUAAUGCGUGACGGCCGAGCUCCUCGCGUGAAAGACCGAUACCUUCUCCCUCUUAUUACGCUAUUACGCGACUACAGGCAACACCUCGCUUUCAUCAAAUUGCUUAAUAUGGAAAUCGUUCAAGAAAGUUUCAUUCUAGCCGGAUCCAUUCGGGGAGACCGAGAUGAAGCCAAACGGCAUCAAGGAUCGCGCGAGCAUUGCCUUUAACUAUGCUGACGUUGAUGGAAGGGGAUCUUUGAGCAAACGAGAGUAUAAAAUAGCGAUGACUGUUGUCUUCGGAUGUCGCCCGAACAAAACGGAAGUGAAGCAGAUUUUUCAGUCUACAGAGAGAAUUCUGUACGGGGAGUUUGAAUCAUGGGUGUUCAAGAAGAGUAAAAAGGACGAUUCAUACAUUAAUGCAGAAUUAUUAUUUGCUUUACUGGAUAAGGAUCAUAAAGGAUAUUUAAUAUUGGAUGAUUUCUAUUCUGCAAGCAAGUCUGUCAACUUGAAAGUAUUACCGACAAUGUGGCAAACGAUGUUCAAAGAAUUAGAUCGUUAUAGAAAAGGAUAUAUCGAUUUUUAUGAAUUUUUACGUAUAUUACCAUCAACAUAA